AUGUCUUUUUCCCCUUCUAUAUCCCAGUCUGCAGGUCUUCCAUGGACUGUAGCUAAAGGACAGGAUACCUUCACACCAAUCAGUUCUGUUCUGUCCUCGGCAAAGGUGCCAGACCCUCACAACUUGGAAUUGUGGUUAAAGGUGGAUGGAGAAAUUCGGCAACAAGGGCCAACCAGUGACAUGAUUUUUAAGAUCCCAUUUCUUAUCAGCCACAUAAGUUCUAUCAUGACGCUUCUUGAAGGAGACGUUAUACUAACAGGCACUCUUCAAGGUGUUGACCCUGUUAAAACAUGUCAAAAGAUAGACGCUGGUAUAACAGGCCUCUUGGAUGUGUAUUUCAAUGUUGAAAAACGCCAAAGACCCCAAAGUUGCUGA